AUGGUCACUGUCAACGGCAUGCAAUAUCUAGUCGAGUGCGGUGCCGACUACCAGGGUGGCGAUAUUCCGGGCCCAAUGAGCCCGACCUACCCCAGCUCCUACGAGGGCUGCUUGGCAGACUGUUCUACCACUUCAGGCUGUGUCGCUGCCAGCUACAUUAUUAACGGUCCUUGCUACCUGAAGAGCGCAGCCAACGCUGCUGUUGAAAACGGUCUCGUGUACACCGACACUUACGAGCAAUGUCUCCAAGCCUGUGACAACACUACUGGCUGUGUCAAUGUUUCCUGGGUCAUUGGCAAGCCUGGUGCUUGCUACAUGAAGGGAAGCAUCGGUGACGUCCGCGUUAACUCGAACAUCAUUGGAGGACGCAAGCUCUCCGGCUGCUCCACCUUCAAGCUUCACCGCAAGCGCGUCGCGUUUGCCGCUCCCAAGGUGAAGCUGAACAAGCGUGCCGCGGUUGACGACUCCAAGGCGAAGUUGGAGAAGCGUGCUGGCUUCUUCGGUCCUGACUUCACAUUCACUCAGGCUCAAGUCACUGCGACUUCGACGGCCACAGCCAGGACUACCGUUACCACGUAA